UCCUUCCCAACUUUGAACUUCCCCAGUUCCUAUACCAAAAAGGGCCCACGGUCCAUCCUUCACACAAAAACAUUUCCUCCCCCCAAAAAACUUCUACUCUUUGCUACAAUGCGCCGGUGACUCCGCCACUACCAUUUCCUCCUCCGACCGCUCUCCGCCACCUUCGGAUGUCUGCUAAAGUGCGCCGAGUGCGCAACACUCUCCAGGUACAUUUCCACUCUCAAACCCUAAACCCUCUCAAUCUAACUCAUUCCCCUAAAACCCUAAACCCUAAACCCUCACAUUUCACUUCUUCUUCUUCUUCUUCUUCCAAUUCUCAAAAUUUCGAUUUCCUCGAGCAAUUUUUGCCUCACAGUAACGCUUCAAAUCAUUCAUGUAGCUCUAGCUAUAGCUUUAGCUUUAGCCCCAUUGUUGUUAAUUCAAACGAGCGGCGAAGAAUCGCAGUUGGGUUAUCGAAAGCGAUCAAAUCCCAAAUGGGAUUUCUAUUGAAAGUGUUUUCGAAGCGAUUUUGCCCAGUUUCCUUAGUCAAGGUGAUGAAGCUGUUUGGGACCCGAGAAACCGGUUUCGCGUUCUUCAAGCUCGCGUUUCGGGACGGUUCCGACGAGGCCGUCCGGAAGUGUUGCGUUGCCGCGCAUAUUUUAGCGGCGGAGAAUCUCCGGUUCCUCGCGCAGGACGUGGUUUCGUGCGUCAUUGCGAGGAUUGGGUCGGGUAGGAGUGAAGGGGUUGUGGAGUUUAUGUGGAGGAAUCACCGUGAGUACGAGUCGGGUUUCUCGGUGCUCGAUACGCUAAUGCGGGGUUUUGUGAAUGUGGAGAUGAGUAAUGAGGCGAUUGGGGUUGUUGGUAGGAUGAGGGAGGUGGGUUUGAGGCCGAGUUUGUCGGCCAUUACAGUGCUUUUCAAGUUGUUGCUUAGAGUUGGUGAUUAUGGUAGUGUGUGGAAGUUGUUUAGGGAUAUGGUUCGGAGAGGGCCUUGUCCUUGUAGUUAUACAUUCAAUGUUAUGGUUCUCGGGUUUUGUAGAAAAGGGUUGGUUAGAAUUGGAGAGAGUUUGUUACAUGUGAUGUGGAAAUUUCAUUGCGAGCCGGAUGUUUUUACGUUUAACAUUGUGAUCAAUGCGUAUUGUAUGAGGGGACAGACGUCUAAUGCACUUAAUUGGGUGCAUUUGAUGAUUUCAAGGGGUUGUAAACCGAAUGUUGUUACGUUUAAUACGGUGUUACAUGCCUUGUGUAAGGAGGGAAACAUGGUGCAAGCGAGAAAGCUCUUUGAUGGAAUUCAUGAUAUGGGUGUCUAUCCAGAUGUCACAAUGUUUAACACCUUGAUGGAUGGGUAUAUUAAGGCAAGGGACACUGCUCAAGCAAACAUGCUUUAUGAAGAAAUGAGGAAUAAAGGUGUAUCUCCUGAUGGGAUAACCUUUAAUAUUUUGGUCGCAGGUCAUUACAGGUUUGGAAGGGAAGAGGAUGGUGAUAGGUUGUUAAGGGAUGUAUCUAUAUCGGGAUUGUUCCCGGAUUCUUCACUCUAUGAUAUUUCAGUUGCAGGGCUGUGUUGGGCAGGUCGGUUUGACGAGGCCAUGGAGUUUUUAGAAAAUAUGCUUGAGAAAGGAAUUCCUCCUAGUGUGGUUGCUUUUAACUCAAUUAUUGCAGCUUAUAGUAGGGCUGGUUUAGAAGCAAAGGCCUAUGAGGUGUAUAGAAUUCUGGUUAGAUUUGGUUUAACUCCUUCAUCUUCCACAUGUAGUUCUUUGCUUAUGGGUUUAUCCCAAAAGGGGAGCCUGCAAGAAGCCAGAGAACUAUUGUAUAAUAUGAUAGAGAAUGGUUUUCCCAUCAAUAAAGUGGCAUACACGGUGCUUUUGGAUGGAUAUUCCAAGAUAGGGGAUCUGGAAGGGGCUCAAAAUCUGUGGAAUGAGAUGGCACUGAGAGGGGUAUCUCCUGAUGCUGUUGCCUAUUCAGCCUUUAUAGAUGGACUUUCAAAAGCAGGUCUGGUGGAGGAGGCAUAUGAUUUGUUUUUAGAAAUGUCAAGAAAAGGCUUUGUGCCAAAUAAUUUUGCAUAUAAUUCUUUGAUUGGUGGGUUUUGUAACCAUGGGAAACUGAGUGAAGCAUUGAAAUUGGAAAGAGAGAUGAGGCAAAAGGGACUCCUUCCAGAUAUGUUUACCACCAAUAUGAUCCUUAAUGGAUUUUGUAAACAGGGUAGAAUGAAGGCAGCAAUUGAUCUCUUUAUGGACAUGCAGCGGACUGGGUUGAGCCCUGAUAUUGUCACAUAUAACACUUUGAUUGGUGGUUGUUGUAAAGCAUUUGACAUGGUUACUGCAGAUGAGUUUGUGAAUAAAAUGUAUGCCAGUGGUUGGGACCCAGAUAUUACAACUUACAAUAUUCGCAUUCAUGGUUUCUGCAGCAGUCGAAAAAUGAAUCGAGCUGUGAUGAUGUUGGAUGAACUUGUUUCAGCAGGUAUUGUUCCAAAUACAGUAACAUAUAACACUAUCCUUAAUGGUGUUUGUAGUGAUAUACUGGAACGAGCCAUGAUUUUAACUGCAAAAUUGCUAAAGAUGGCUUUUGUUCCGAAUGUAGUUACAACCAAUGUGGUGUUGUCUCAGUUUUGCAAGCAGGGGAUGCCUGAGAGGGCCUUAAUGUGGUGUCAGAAGUUGAGUGAGAUCUCCUUUGAUUUUGAUGAAAUUACAUAUAGAAUAAUGGACAGAGCCUACCGUGAUAUAGAAGAAGAUGCUGAACUUUUUAGAGGAGAAUCUGCAAAGAGCCUUUUUCUGGACUUCCUCAUGUACAUUACAUAUGAUUUUAUGUAUAGAAAUAGACCUCAAAGAGAACCAAAUCAGAAUACCCUUGAAUCAAUUGAAAGUGCUUUUGGUGGAUCCUGAAAGUUGACUGAAAAGAUAGCAGUUCAAUUCUUGAGAACAGAAUCUCAUUUGAUAAGUCUAAUUUGGUCCGAUUUGAAUGGGAAAAAAGAGGGCUCUAUCAGCGUGGAACCAUAAAUGAAUUAUAAUGUCUUAGCUAGGUCCUUGGAGCUGAUAAAUGGUGAUGGGCUUGAGUUUAUUCUUUAUCAAGUGUUGCUGACUUUCCAGCAAUGAAUGUUACUGCAGAAUUAUUCCUUUCAGGUAACAUGAUGUGGUGCAGGUUGGCAGAGUUGUGUGCACGGUUAAUCUCCGGAGACAAGAAUGAGCGAAUCUAGUUUCGAGAGCAUGCCUUAGUAUAAUAGGGGGCGUUGCAUUUAUAAGUGAAGGCAAGCGCAACUAUCUAUUUCAUAUCCUCCCUGUCAGCAAGGCAGGUCCGCUAUAAAACCUACCGGUCAUAAAGUCCUCAAGAACGGGAAAGCCGACCAAAAGACUAUUCCAUAACCAACUCUUGUUGCCGAAUCAAGGGGGCUUGGCUUGUACCAGGCUCUAAAAGAGUUUUCUUCAAGCGAGCAGUCUUUCUAUCUUUUGGGUUGCAUGUCCAAGGCAAUGUUUUUUGUAGAUUGAGAUGAAUUGAUCUUUGCUAUCGUGCCUCUUCCUUGAACCAGUUGAUGCUGCGGCAGUGCCUAAUAGAAGUCAACUCUUACACCUUAUAUUGGGAUGGAGAUGAAGAGCCUCUCAGCCUUGGCUUAGGUGGUACAAGUGCGGAGUUUGGUCAGGUUAGGUUAAGCCUUGGUUGAACUUUUGCCAGGCAAAUACAGCGACAGGGGUUGUAGUCUUAUCAUCAAGAUAUGCUCAACUCUUAUACCUUAUAUUGGGGUGGAGAUGAAGAGCCUCUCAGCCUUGGCUUAGGUGGUACAAGUGUGGAGUUGGUCAGGUUAGGUUAAGCCUUAGUUGAACUUUUGCCAGGCAAAUACAGUGACGGGGAUGGAGAUGGAGGUUGCGUACACUAGAAGUCAAAAGUGAAAUUUUCUCAAUCCCAAUUUUCAUGUCUUUUGGUGGAUAAUAUAGAUAGAAAUAUAAUCACUUUGAAUUAUAAACACUUGUGUGUCGACUUUUUCAACAAGAAAAUAAAUGAUAAUUUUUCUUAUUA